CUCCUCAUAUCAUCUCCCUGCACGCUGAAUCCUCUACGUAGGGAAAUCCCAGAUAUCUGAUUCUCUUCAUGUGGAUGUUGUCUGCUCAGCAUUUUCAUUGGGAGAAAAGUUAACAUCCAGAUGAACAGAAUCAGCUGUUGGGCUGCCCGUAUCCCACUUAUUUGCCUUUCUAUUCCAGCAGAUACAUUCAUUGAAGUUCUUUUUUAAACAGUGCUGUUCAGAUUGUGACUGUAGGUUAACUGCAGAGGACCAACAUCAUGACUCCAGCCUUUUUCUUCUCCGUCUGCCUGUCAAUGACAGCCGUUUGUCUGAGGGCUGCUGUCAUUAGAAAUAUAACUGAUGAGUCUCUGGGUGCCUCAGCGAUCAUUGAAAAAGUCAAUGCUAACUCAACAAAAGUGUUGGUUCAUGGUGACAUUGUGCCCACUGCUACCAGGAAUGCUGUUCCAUGCACAGCCAUUGGCUGCAAGUGGCCUAAAACUGGACCCUUUGUCUAUGUACCUGUCUCCAUUGGCCUGAAUACAGUAAGCAGCAGCCAAGAGCGCGACGUCAUCAUCAAUGCCCUAGUCACCUUCCACGCUUCCACCUGCAUCCGGUUUGUCUGGCGUACAACCCACAGAGAUUUCCUUCACUUCUUCUCUGGACAAGGGUGUUAUUCAUACCUGGGCCGUCAGAAUGGAGGACAGCUAGUCUCCCUGCAGAGAAAUGGUUGCUUGUUUCAGUCGACGGUGCAACAUGAGGUUCUUCAUGCUCUGGGCUUCCACCACGAGCAGGUCCGCUCUGACAGAGAUCUGCAUGUGAGGAUCCUUACCGCGAACAUCAUCCCAGGAAAAGAGCACAACUUUGUGAAAGUGCAGACCAACAAUUUGGGGACUCCCUAUGACUUCAACUCUGUCAUGCACUAUGGCAGAUUCCACUUCUCCAAGAAUAGGAAGCCAACAAUUGUUGCCAAAUCCAAUCCUAAUCUUAAUUUUGGAAAUGCUUUCCAAAUGAGUGCCAAUGACAUUGCCCGUGUAAACAGGCUUUAUGGAUGCUGUGAGUAA